AUGGCGGACACCAAGGUCUACAGGGCGAGCACCACCGCGCCGGUGAACAUCGCCGUGGUCAAGUACUGGGGAAAGCGCGAUGCGAAGCUUAACCUGCCCACCAACAGCUCCCUCUCCGUCACCCUCUCCCAGGACGAUCUCCGCACUCUCACCACCGCAGCUUGCUCUGCUAUCUUUGACGGCGACAGCCUCACCCUCAAUGGCGAGUUGUCGGACAUUUCUGGUGCUCGCACCCAGGCUUGCUUCCGCGAAUUGCGAGCCCGCCGCGCAGCUGUCGAGGCUGCCAACCCCGCCCUGCCUAAGCUCUCGACCCUGCCCCUGAAGAUCGUCUCCGAGAACAACUUCCCUACCGCAGCUGGUCUUGCCUCCUCUGCUGCUGGCUUUGCUGCCCUCGUCCGGGCCAUCGCCAACUUGUACGAGCUGCCAGAGUCUCCUGCCGACCUUUCCCUCAUUGCACGACAGGGUUCUGGAUCAGCUUGCCGAAGCUUGUUUGGUGGUUAUGUGGCCUGGAGGAUGGGCAGCCAGGAUGACGGCCUCGACUCCAAAGCCGAGCUGGUUGCUGAGGCGUCGCACUGGCCCCAGAUGCGGGCUCUUAUCCUUGUCGUCAAUGCUGCCAAGAAGGAUGUCCCCUCGACAUCUGGUAUGCAACAGACCGUCGCCACCUCUGGACUCUUCCAGCAGAGAAUAACCCAGGUGGUGCCUGCCAACAUGACUCUUAUGGAGGAGGCUGUCCGCGACAAGGAUUUCGCCAAGUUUGCUGAGGUCACCAUGAGAGAUUCCAACUCCUUCCAUGCAUGCUGCGCCGACACCUACCCUCCCAUUUUCUACAUGAACGAUGCUUCCCGCGCAGCUAUCCGUGCGGUCGAGGCCAUCAAUUCCCAGGCUGGAAAGACUGUUGCUGCCUACACUUAUGAUGCCGGGCCAAACAGCGUUAUUUACUUCCUUGAGGAAGAUGCUGCGACCGUUGUUGGUGCGUUCCACGAGGUUCUGGGUGCCGUUGGUGGCUGGAAGGAUGGGGCUGCCACCCUGAAGUCGAGCGCCAAGAUCCCCGAGCAAACUGCUGCUAUCCUCAAGGAUGGCGUGAGCAGGGUGAUACAGACUGGUGUUGGAUCAGGUCCCGUCAAGACUGACGAGUUCCUCAUCACAGAGGAUGGCCAGCCUGCUAAGCGAUAG